AUGGCCACCGAGAACGCAGAUGCAGUCCAGCAUCAAUACAUCGACAUCGGAGCGAAUUUGACGGAUCCGAUGUUUAGAGGCGUAUACUACGACAAGCAGAAACAUGAAGAUGAUUUCGACGCGAUCCUCGAGCGUGCGAGGAAUCGCGGUGUGAAGAAGAUGCUGGUGACCGGGUCGAAUAUCGAAGAGUCUAGGUUAGCUGUGCAGUUAGCUGAGCAACAUAAGAAGUUACUGUAUGCGACGGUCGGGGUGCAUCCGUGCCAUACGAUGGACAUUGAAACAUCUGGCGAUCCGGACAAGUACUUUGCUGAAUUAGAAGCCCUUGCGCGAAAGGGGAAAGAAGACGGGACCGUGAAGGCGUUUGGGGAGAUCGGAAUGGACUACGCUCGACUACAUUACGCGCCAGCAGACGUCCAGCGCAAGCACUUUACCCGCCAGCUCGACAUCGCCGAGAAACUCGACCUGCCGCUCUUCCUGCACAUGCGCGACUGCGCCGAUGACUUCAACGCCAUCCUCUACCCACGCCUCAGCACGCUCCCCCGCCGCGGCGUCGUGCACUCGUUCACCGGCACGCACGAGGAAAUGACGUCCUUUGUCGCGCACGGGUUCAGCAUCGGCAUCAACGGUUGCUCGCUCAAGACGGAAGAGAACCUCGCGGUCGCGCGAGAAGUCCCGCUCGAGCGCAUCAUGCUCGAGACCGACGCGCCGUGGUGCGAGAUCCGCCCUUCGCACGCAUCGAGCAAGCUUCUGAUUCAGGCCGGGAAACACGAGCAGGCGCUCAAGAGCGGGUUUGAUAAGGUCAAGAAGGAGAAGUUUGUAAAGGGCAAGAUGGUCAGUGGGCGGUGCGAGCCGUGCGCGAUUUCGCAGGUCGCGGCCGUGGUCGCGGAGCUGAAGGGUAUCUCUGUUGAAGAGCUGUGUGAGGUUGCGUGGGCGAACAGUGUAAAGAUGUUUGGAUUCGAGGAGAGUGUAGAAUACAAUAACUCAUAA